AUGUCGGCAACGGAAACGUCUGCCCCCCAGGGGGGCGGCAACAAUGCAAGCGAAUUUGUCCGGAAGCUCUUUCGCAUGCUCGAAGACCCGUCGCAUCAGGAUGUGGCACGAUGGGGGAAAGAAGGCGACACCUUCGUCGUGGUCGAGGGCGAAAAGUUCACCAGGUCCAUCUUGCCGAAGCACUUCAAGCACAGCAAUAUGUCUAGUUUUAUCCGGCAGCUCAACAAAUACGAUUUCCAUAAAGUGAAGCCGUCGAGUGACUGCGAAUCCUCAAGUCCCAGCGGAAACAUUCUAGAAUUCAAGCACCCCUACUUUCGCGCCGACAGCAAAGACGGCCUCGAUAACAUUCGCCGCAAGGCGCCCGCCCCCAGAAAGCCCCCGGCCGCCGAGGACUUCACAACCAGCCAGCAUGUCGGCGUCAUCUCGGAGCAACUGACUGCCACCCAGCAGCAGGUGCAGCAGCUCCAGGAGCUGUAUGCAGAUGUGUCGCAGACCAAUCGACUACUCGUCAACGAGGUCUUGGCCCUGCAGAAGAUGCUCAACGCGCAAAAGCAGGCGCAGCAUGAGAUGCUCAACUACAUGAGCCCGUACAAUGACGGCAGGAAUAGAGGGCUGAUGAACCAGCCCAUCAACUCCAACGGCACAAACGAGUCAGACGAGUCGGCCCCCGAGCUGCGCCGUGCGCGUGAGCUUCUCUCGAGCGUGACGACGGACUCUGUGACGGAUCGCGAGCUCGAGCGCCUCCACGGCACGUACGGCUCCCCAGCCGACUCGGCCACCAUGAUAACGCCCGUAUCGAUGCCCAUGCUGCAUGAUCCCAUGACGGACCUCAGCCGGUACCCCGUGUAUCCGGUUGGCCAGACGGUCGGCAUUGACCCUUUCCACUCCGAUCAUAUCCAUAAGAUACCGUAUGCCAUGCCCAACGAAGGCGGGUCCCUCAGCGUUUCCGAGGCCCCAGCGCCGGCGCCGGUGCACACCCCCGUCACGCCGGCUCCAUCCACGCCUCUGGACAAGUCGACGUCUCUGUGGGGACCCAAGAAGCCGCUCGUGUUCCUGGUCGAGGACGAUCCCACGUGCGCCAAGAUUGGCAUCAAAUUCCUCAAGUCGAUGGGUUGCGAAGUCGAGCAUGCGCAAAACGGCGCAGAGGCGUAUAGCAGGGUAAGCAGCGUCGGCCGGGAUCACUUUGACAUGAUCUUCAUGGACAUCAUCAUGCCGCGGCUAGACGGCGUCUCGGCCACCAUGUAUAUCCGGCAGCACUGCCCGUCGGCCCCCGUCAUUGCCAUGACGUCCAACAUUCGGCCGGACGAAGUCAACGGCUACUUUGAGCACGGAAUGAACGGAGUGCUGGCCAAACCCUUUACAAAGGAAGGGAUGCUAAAGUCGGUCAAGACUCAUAUGUCGCACCUCUUGAAGAACCCGCCAACUCAGCAGGAAAGCGAGGGCGGGGGAUACGUGAUCGGCAACGUUCCAUUCCUGAACAAUGCCAUCAAGUUUGACACGUCGACACCUCCUCCUGGCGCGUCGGCCACGAGCUGGUCGCCGGGCCACAUGGGGCAGGGCGGCGUGGAUCACUGCUAUGGUCUCAUGAAUGGCGGAGGCACCCAGUACGCCCUUGGCAGACCACACUAUGGGACGACGAUGGAUUCCACGCCCGGGCGGAUAUCGGACCAUGACAGCCCGCCCGAGAAACGACAGCGAGUCAGCGCGCAGGGCAACUAUGGCUGA